AUGAAUGAAGCUCAUUACAACAACUGGCCCAACGACAAAGGUUUCGAUCCUGAAUACGAACAGCGCAACCCCAUCGAGCUCUCUGUGGUAGGACAGAUUCCUGCUUACGCUGCUGGAGUCCUGUAUCGUACAGGUCCUGGAAAAAGUCAUGUUCAAGCUGAGAAUGGAGAAACACUACGGCUUUCCCACUGGUUCGAUGGAUUCGGUCAAACCCAUCGUUUCCAGAUCUUUGCGCCAGAUGACUCCCAUACUUCUCCCCGGGUUUUCUACAACUCUCGCUUCUCAACCGACGACCUUAUUGAAAAUGCAAGAAAGACAGGAUCUCUGAACAUGGUCAGUUUCGGACAGAAACGCGAUCCUUGCAAGAGCGUCUUGGGCAAAGUCCAAACUGAAUAUGUCCCGCAACCCACUCCGUCGAGUAGCAACAUAAGCGUCACUCUUUCAAUCAACGUCCCGGGCCUUGAUCCCAAGCCCGAUGAGUCGACUUCUCGCUGGAGCGAUUCCCAGGGAAUUCGAACUCUCUAUGCGAAGACCGACUACAAUGCCUUCAAGAAGCUCGAUCCAGAGACCCUGGAGCCUAUCGGCCUGGCCUCGCAGACCAUUCUGCACCCUGAACUUUCGGGGCAACUCUCUGCUUCCCAUGCUCGCUCUGAUCCUAUUACGGGAGACAUGUUCAAUUAUAAUCUCACCUUGGGACCAACCUGUACAUACCGUGUUUUCGGGGUCUCCGCUUCAACGGGGGAGACCACAAUCCUAGCAACCUUCCCCGCAACACCAGCUUACCUUCACUCUCUUCUCAUCACAGAGGACCAUGUUGUCUUGUGUGUGUGGAACGCGCACGUAAAUCCCCAGCUAUUGAACUCCUCGUUCAUGGGUUCAAUUUUGCCAACAGACCCAAGUCAGCCGGCGGUGUGGUAUGUCAUUGACCGUAAGCACGGCAAGGGAUUGAUCGCGACAUAUGAAAGCCCUGCAUUCUUUUGCUUCCACACGGUCAACGCAUGGCUCGAACCCUCGAAGGAGAAUCCGGCGGAUAUAGAUAUCGUUGCAGACAUUGUGAGAACCGACAGCUCUGAAUUCUUGCAAUCCGUCUAUUAUGAGAACUUGAUCUCUUCGUUGGAUACCGCCAAAGCCUUCCAAAAGAAGAGAGACAAUUCUUUCCGUACAUCCGUUACCCGGUUCCGCCUGCCUGCCGUGCCUUCCACUCCAUGCAUCGAUACUAAGAAAGCAACCGUCGAGUGGUCCGUUUGCAAAUCGUCGUCGCCUGAGCUGCCAACUAUGAAUCCGAAAAGAGUCACUCAGAAACACCGAUAUCUCUACGCUGUGACCUUCCGCGGAGAAGCAACUCUGACAGAUGGUAUCAUGAAGCUCGAUUGUGAUACCCAGCAAGUUCAGCUCUGGGCAUGCCAUGGCCAAUCGCCCGGUGAGCCCAUCUUCGUCGCUAACCCCGAGGGCACUAGUGAGGAUGACGGUGUACUUCUUAGCGUUGUUCUCGACGGGAUGCGUGGCAAGAGUUAUUUGCUCUGCCUCGAUGCUCGCAGCUUGUCCGAGCUUGGCCGAGCAAAUGUCGAUGGGGCUGUUGGGUUUGGAUUCCAUGGACAGCAUGUUCCGACUGUGGGUGGAAUGCCUACAGGUGACUACUAA